GCAAGAACAACUGUACAUCAACUACUCCUUGAAAUGGCUAAUUUGUAUUCCUAUGUCUAUGCUUUGGCUUUGCUUAGCAGCUUAGCUACUCCGGCGCUUUGCGUAGCCGAUGAUUAUAACAAGAAACAUAAUGUAGCCCUCUUUGUGUUUGGGGACUCAAUCUUUGAUCCUGGCAACAAUAACUACAUCAACAGCACGGCCGAUUUCCAGGCUAAUUUUUGGCCGUAUGGCGAGUCAUUUUUCAAGUACCCAACAGGGAGGUUCUCUGAUGGUCGUCUCGUGCCAGAUUUUAUUGCUGAGUUUGCCAAGCUACCACUGAUUCCGGGGUAUUUCCAGUCAGAGCAAGUUGGAUUUAUUAAUGGGGUGAACUUUGCAUCAGCUGGUGCUGGUAGUCUUGUUGGAACCUUUUCUGGUUUGGUAAUUGAUCUCAAAACACAACUGCAGUAUUUCAAGAAAGUUGUAAAGCAGUUGAAGGGGAAGUUAGGGGACAAAGAAUCAAACAAAUUGCUGUCCAGUGCUGUGUACAUGUUUAGCAUUGGUAACAAUGACUACCUAAGCCCCUAUGCCACAAAUUCCACCAUCUUUAAUUCAUAUACUCAGGAGGGAUAUGUGGACAUGGUUAUUGAUAAUUUUAUCGAUGUUAUUAAGGAAAUAUACAAGGAAGGUGGAAGAAAAUUUGUCAUUUUUUCCACAGUGCCUUUAGGCUGCUUACCAUAUUAUAGGGCUCUAAAGCUUCAACAAACAAAUCGAACCGGGUGCCUGAAGAAAUUCCGCGUCUUGGCAGAUAUGCAUAAUAAGGCUUUACCAAAAAAACUCGUCGAGCUAAAGAAGGCAUUACAGGGAUUUAAGUAUUCCUACUUUGAUUUCUUCACGGCUAUCACUGAUAUAAUUGAUCACCCAUCGAGAUAUGGUUUCAAAGAAGGAAAGACAGCAUGUUGUGGUAGUGGUGAUUAUAGAGGAUUGUCCAGCUGUGGGGGUACAAGGGGGCAAUAUAAAGAGUAUGAGUUAUGCAAGGAUGUUGGGAGUUAUCUGUUUUUUGAUAAUGUUCACCCCACAGAGAAGUCCAACCUGCACUUUGCUACAUUACUUUGGAAUGGAGACUCCAACGUUGUCCGGUCUUGCAGUGUGAAAUCCUUGUUUGAACUUGUCUAGAUUUAUUUUAUAACUUCAUUUGUGUGCAGAAAUGAAAAUAAAACCUCUGCUCCUUUCUCUCUGCA